GACGAGCUCAAGCAGCGGCUACUCCAUGGCGAGAAGUUUGAUGCAACUGAGAAUAUGCCCCCCGGUAUAUACUCGCGUGGAACGAUCUGUAAUCCACCCGAAACCACCAACAACGUAUUGGGAAUACCACCUGAUGAGGUAAAUAAACUCAUAUACGAGAUCCGCGAGAUCAGGCAAUUGCUGUUCUGCCGCCUCCUCAUCUCUCAUGCUACACUUCUGCCAGCGGCCUUGAGAGCUUCGACACCGGAAGAAUUCUUAGCGGACCCUGCGGUGACACCAGCGGAGCUCAGAGACUUCUCACUGAGAUUCGAACAACCAACUUUGCAAGAAGUGCGGGAUGCAUGCGCGGACUUUGCUCGUGGCAAUGAAGAAUUAGACGAUGAUCAAGUAGAUGUGUCGGAAGAUGACCCCCAGCAGGAGCUCGUCAACCAGUUCAAUGACAAGAUUGAAAAGCGCAGAGCCUCAUUAGGAUGGGACACGGGGCUUAAUCGAUGGCAGACGAAGCACGAACAAGCUCUUCAAAAGCAAAAUUCUCGGCCGCUUUUUCACACGGAGGGCAACACCAAUGUAGAUUUUGGAGAGGUGGACGAUAACAAUGUUUUUCGCAGCAAGAAGAUUCGGAUCAAGGUCUGUGGAAAGGAAAUCUGGAACUAUCCAUCUCAAAGUGCUAUGGCCCGCGGAGGGUGGCUUCAUUUCUCGAUUCUUGCUAAAGGCACACGGGUAGGUGAGGCUGUACAGGUCUGCCGGAAUUGGGAUGAGUUUUGGAGUCUCAACAUUCUGGCCAUCUAUGCCUACUUCCCUUCGGUCAGCUGGCGCGAGUGGACGGGCGAUACCGUUAGAGGACAACUUCUGCAGCUUGGCUUUAUCCCAAAGUUCUCUUUCAAUCUGGCCGACCGAAUGAGCAUCCGAAAACAGGAUGGACGCCAUACUCAGGGUGGUCGCGCGCAUCAAGCCAAGGAAUACCGAAACUUCAUGUGUGGGCAUAUCAAGCGAAGCGACCCUGUCAGCAGGCGGUUCGUGCAAUAUCUGACCAUGGAAGCUUCCAAGCUUUGUAUCCUCGAGCGUGACGCAAAGACAGGCCGUAUUUUGGUCAGUCCACCGGAAGAAGAGCGAUGGCUCAUCCGGGAGAAACACGGCAUAGGACGGGCUUCGCGCAACGAUUGGAACAUCAUCUCAAAAGUUGACGAAACCCUUUUCGAAAGGGUCGACGAUAUGAUGUACACUCGAUUCCGCUUUGGCUUCAAUGACCAUUACGAGAUUAUUAUUUGGGAUGUUGAAGCUGGCCUCGAUGCUUCUAUCCUGGGGAAUAUUUUCCAAGUCACUUUGUCAAAGGCCUACCGCUUCACAAAUAUCCGCGAUUUCUACAAGCCUGCACAGCAUGUUGUGGAGCAGUUGCAUCGAGAAGAGGUUACCAAAAGAUGCCGUGGCCUCAGACCAGGUGAAGAGUCUAUCUGGGACAAUAUACAGGCCUUGCCAGAUUCUGCGUUCGUGCAUACUAUGUACACAAAAGACAAGAAAGCCGGGGCAUGGGUACGAAGAGACCCCACAGUCCAAGAUAACUACGAGAACUUUUACAACGACAUUGACGUGGCCGAAGACGAGGUCUUGUUCCUCGAAGAGAAAGAAGGAAGACGUGCCACAGCGAUUACGAAUCACUCUGAUUUGAUCAUGCGAGGUUUGGAAGAGAGCGGACCGAGGCUGAUACGGUUCGUUCACGAUCUUGACACAAAUGAUGACUCUGAUGAGUAUACGGAUGCUGCUUUUGCAAUCAAGUCCGGAAAAACUGCAGCGAGCAAGAGUAUAGAAGACAAAGAAGCCAGUGAAAUCUCGAGAGCAGAGGGAAGGAGACCUAAAUCAACCAACGGUUCCAAAACUGUUGCGUUGCGCAAUGGAAAUACAAGAUUCAAUCAGCAAGUGCGGGGUCGUACCACUGAAAGCGCAGCCGUUGACGACUAUCUGCUCACUGAGAUGGAAGCAGGACGGAACAGACAGAUGCGUUGGCAGCAUGACGUUGAUACCUGCCCGAAUGAUUUCGCUGAUGACUGCAGACGCAAUCUUGCACGGAUGGGAUCAAACCGUCCGCCCCGCCAUUGCACACCUUUACAAAGCCGGAAUCAUCGCGCCCUACUACUCCCCUAG